AUGGGUGUUAUAGAUAAGAUCAAGGCCAUCGAAGAAGAGAUGGCCCGUACCCAAAAGAAUAAAGCUACAGAGCAUCAUUUGGGUUUAUUGAAGGGUAAGCUAGCUAGAUACAGACAACAACUUUUGGCAGAUGAGGCAGGUAGUGGUGGUUCUGGCGGUGGAUCGGGCUUCGAGGUUGCAAAAUCUGGCGAUGCUCGUGUCGUUUUGAUUGGUUAUCCAUCCGUUGGUAAGUCAUCUUUAUUGGGUAAGAUUACAUCCACAAAGUCUGAAAUUGCACACUAUGCUUUUACAACAUUAACGUCCGUCCCAGGUGUAUUGAAGUACCAGGGGGCCGAGAUUCAAGUGGUGGAUCUACCAGGUAUUAUUUAUGGUGCUUCUCAGGGCAAAGGUCGUGGUAGACAAGUGGUGUCCACGGCAAGAACAGCUGAUUUAAUCUUGAUGGUUCUUGAUGCUACGAAGGGUGCGCAUCAAAGGGAAUCAUUGGAAAAAGAAUUAGAGGCAGUUGGAAUCCGUUUGAAUAAAGAGAAGCCGAACAUUUACUUCAAAAAGAAAGAAACCGGUGGUAUAAAGAUCACAUUUACAUCCCCAUCGAAAUCCAAUUUAACUGAGGAUGCCAUCAAGUUAAUUCUUAGGGAUUAUCGUAUUCAUAAUGCUGAUGUCUUAGUGCGUGAUGACCAAUGUACCAUUGAUGACUUCAUUGAUACUCUUAACGAACAGCAUAGAAAUUAUAUCAAAUGCCUCUACGUGUACAACAAAAUUGAUGCUGUCUCAUUAGAAGAAGCAGAUAGACUAGCAAGAGAACCAAACACAGUGGUCAUGUCAUGUGAGGAUGACUUAGGAUUGGAUGACGUGGUAGAUGAAAUCUGGUAUCAAUUAAAUUUGAACCGUGUAUAUACAAAGAAGCGUGGUAUAAAGCCAGAUUUCUCAGACCCAUUGGUUGUUAGGAGUAACAGCUCCAUAGGUGAUCUUUGCCACAAUAUUCACAGAGAUUUUAAAGAUAAAUUCAAGUACGCCUUAGUAUGGGGUUCAUCGGCUAAGCAUUCCCCACAGAAAUGUGGGCUAAAUCAUAAAAUCCAAGAUGAGGACGUUGUCAGUUUGUUCACUAAAUAA